AUGGCCGAUUCACCUUCUAAAACCCUGGAACACCAAGCUCCAACGCAGGCCUCAAAUACCGAAUCAGAUUCCAAACCCGUAGACGAAGAGAAGCCGCAGGAAGCUGAGGGGAAUCCACAGAACGCGUCUAAAGAAGAAGAGGAAGCGGAGGACGAUGAGGAGGAGCCCGGUGAAUGUGGGUUCUGCUUGUUUAUGAAAGGCGGUGGCUGCAAAGAGAGCUUCACAGCUUGGGAACAGUGCAUUGAAGAGUCUGAGAAGAACAAGGAGGACAUUGUUGAGAAAUGCUUUGAGGUCACUUCGGCUUUGAAGAAGUGUAUGGAGGCUCAUCCCGAUUACUACCAGCCCAUAUUGCAGGCUGAGAAGGCCGCUGAGGCAGAGGCUGUCAAGGAAUUGGAGAAGGAAAAGGCUGCUGAGAGCUCCAAGGAUCAAAAUGCCGCCGCUUCGGAGCAGCAUUCGGUUUCCAGUGGCGAGAAAGAUGCAUAG